GAGUGGGGAAAGACGAGUUUUAAAUGUAGAACGUCUAGUGAAGAUCAGAAUAAUCAGCUGUAAAACCUUCAUAUUGUGUAUCACGAUCAAAAGUCAUCAUUUUUAUUAUUUAAAUCAACAAUAAGACUGUUAAAUAAUUAAAAAAAAAAAACAUGUCUGUGAUUACUAAAGGAAUUUAUUUCGUGGCGGCAAAACGAACACCUUUUGGUAAAAUGGGUGGAGUAUUUUUGAACAAAACAGCAACAGAUUUGUCAGUUGUAGCAGCAACAAGUGCAAUACAAUCAUCAGGUGUCAAACCAGAACAAAUAGAUCAUGUUAUUUUUGGUAAUGUUAUGCCAUUAACAGCAUCUGAUGGUGCACUUUUAUCAAGACAUGUCCUUUUAAAAGCUGGAAUUCCAUUAGAGAAACCUGCAUUAACAGUAAAUCGAUUAUGUGGAUCAGGAUUUCAAUCAAUUGUUAAUGGUGCACAGAGUAUUGCAGUUGGAGAAUCACAAAUAGUUCUUGCAGGUGGAGCUGAAAAUAUGAGUCAAGUGCCUUUCCUUGUAAGGAAUGUUCGUUUUGGGACUGUUUUAGGGAUGAAGUAUGACUUUGAGGAUGCUUUGUGGGUAGGAUUAGCUGAUAGUUAUUGUAAUUUACCAAUGGGAGGUACAGCUGAGAAGUUGGGAGCCAAGUAUGGAGUUAAAAGAGAAGAAGUUGAUGCAUUUGCAUUGAAUAGUCAGCAACGCUGGAAAGUUGCUAAUGAUGCUGGUUAUUUUAAUGAAGAAAUAGCACCAGUUACUGUUAAUAUUAAGAGGAAAGAGGUGGUAGUUAAAGUUGAUGAACAUCCUAGACCACAAACAACGAUGGAAGAUUUGCAAAAAUUGCCAACGAUAUUCCAGAAAAAUGGACUUGUUACUGCUGGAUCUUCAUCAGGAAUUUGUGAUGGAGCUGGAGCAGUGAUUCUAGCCAGUGAAGAAGCAGUAAAACAAAACAACUUAAAACCAUUAGCACGACUUGUAGCUUAUACAACAGUCGGAGUAGAUCCAAGUAUAAUGGGAAUUGGUCCAGCACCAGCAAUCAAAGCUCUUUUAAAAUCCACCAACAAAACAUUGAAUGAUCUAGAACUGGUAGAAAUCAAUGAAGCUUUCGGAGCACAAACAUUGGCUUGUGCUAAAGAUCUUAACCUUGAUCUGGAGAAACUCAAUGUCAAUGGUGGUGCUAUUGCUGUUGGUCAUCCUCUUGGAGCUUCUGGUACUCGUAUCACUGCUCAUCUUAUUCAUGAAUUAAGACGAAGAAAUAAAGGGAAAUUUGCUGUUGGAUCAGCUUGCAUUGGUGGUGGACAAGGAAUUGGUGUUCUUAUUGAAGCUCUUUAGA